UUAAUAUCUAAUAUUUCUUAUCAUUAUUGCUGACAUACAUAUGAAAUGACCAUGCUGUGGGAUAUUAUAAGAAUGGUUAUCUUCACGUAUAAAAUCACCAUACUUCUGAAGAUAAUAUGUUACGAAUUAUUAGCGAUGAGAUGACAAUUCCCAUUAAAAUCCGGAUAUAACGCACCGGCAUACUAUUCUACCAUUAUAUCGUGGUGUACCGGAUGACGUAACAAAGGCUACGAAGACAAGUCAGAGCAGCAGAGUACGUGCUCCCCUGGUCACUGUCAUCAGACCUGACCAAACAACUUAAAUACAUGGACAGAUAAGAGGGACGCCCAAUGUGCCAACAAACAUGGCGGAAGGAGGCCCACGUCCAGACCUUCCCUCAGUGGUUGAUACACGACCCAGCCAAUCGGAUUCAUAUCUCCUUGAAUGUCCGAUUUGUCCGGAGCAGUUACGACAGCCAAAGUACCUACCGUGCCUCCAUACUUUCUGUGAGGAAUGUUUGAGUAUCUACAUCGUCAAAGAAACUUCGAAGUCGAAUGGUACGGCGGCGUCCUUUACAUGUCCGGUAUGUAGAAAACUGACUCACCCUGUCGACAAAUCAGAGGACAAGACAAACUGGGCUAAACAGUUCCCGACCGACAGACAUGCCGUAGAGAGGAUCAAGCUAGCGAACAAGAAGACGGAACAAUACUACUGCAAACCCUGUCAGAAGAAAGGUAAUACGACGUCUGCACAGUUCUGGUGUGAAUACAACAAGACAUUCUUCUGCAAACAAUGCAAGGAGGAACACCAUGAUAUGGUCCACAGCGAUUGUGAUAUUGUCAAUAUGACGGAAUUUAACAGAUUCCAGAUCAGGCAGGAAAACUCGACCACAAGAUGCGACAAACACAAUGAGAAGAGUGAUUGCUACUGUCAGAACCACAAGUGUUUUGGAUGCAGUAAGUGUAUAUAUGUCGACCACAGGAGGUGUGAAGAUGUGUCUACAAUAGAAGAAUACUGUCAUGGACUAGAAAAUACGUCCCGACUGGAUCAAAGGUUGAGAUAUCUACAGCAAGGAGCUGACACCAUGGAGACUCUAAUUAAGAACUUCUUUCUACAGCUGCAAAGUGUCACAGUCGAUAAAGAUGCGGUAUUGAAAAGCAUUGAUGAACUGCAAGAACGGAUAAAUAAAUGCGUUGAGCAAAUAAAGAAAAAAGUCACUGAGGAUUUGAUUUCGGAGUUCAAAAAAGAACAGGAGAAUUUUAAGGUUUCCAGUCAAAAGUGUGAACGACUGAUGACAGUCUUGCAGGGUACCCUGGCAUCGUCAGUUACAGCUGCGCAGAAUAACGACCACAGGGCUACGAUUCUACUGUAUCAAAGAGGUCAAGCCGAGCUCGAGUCCUGUAGAGAUUUGGUAGUAGAGAUAAUGAAAUCGUUUUCUACCACGAUGUUUGAGCAUGAUUUCAAAUUCGAUGUCUCUGCUAUGUGUGCAGCCUUGAGUCUUGGGAAAGUCGUUGUUCGAAAGCAGCAUAGAAAUGUCCCAGGUUGUUUGGAUGCUUUCCUUCGACCUUUUCCUACACGUGAGAUAAAACAAAUCAGAAAGACGUACAUUCGUUGUCCGUCGGAUUCGUCCCCUUGUUUCGUGGUUGGACUUGUUUGUCUUCCUGAUGGCCGAGUCGUUGCUGGAGAUUACAACAACAAAAAGAUAAAGUUGAUCGACCCCGAAGGAAAUGUUGUUGACGAGAUAAAAGGGUCAAUAAAUGACCUUUGUACGGUAGAUUACACAACUGUGGCGGCCGCUGUUCGUAAUCCCGGGAAAAUACGUGUAGUGACAGUCACAUCCUCCAAACUUACCAUCAUAUCGGAAAUAAACACUACUACUAUUUGUUAUGGUAUUGCGUACAAAGAUGGAGGAUUUGUAGUGAGUUUAGGAUCUGAAGUGUGCAGUGUAAGUGAGGACGGUACGACCCACAAAUUACAGAAAUAUCGUGAUAAUGUAUACGGAUUGGCUCAAGAUUCUCAGCGUGGUCACUUGUUUCUCACACAUAACACCACCAUUGAUGGCAGAGUGGCCGUCAGCAGAUUGUCGCAUGACAACAGGCACACUGACAUCAUGAAAGUCGGUGUCGUGAAGAGUGCUGCUGGAGUGGACGUCGACGUAGAAGGUAACGUCUAUGUCUGUGACUACGAUUCCAACAACGUGGUGCAAAUGUCCGCCGAUGGGAAAAACAUCCGGGAACUGUUAACAGAAGAUGACGGUAUCAUACAACCAAGAGCAAUUUCCGUAUGUGAGGAUAAGCUUGCGGUAUCGAACGGGUCAGAAGAGCAAAGGGACUAUAUCUAUGUGUUUCAACUUGUUUGACAUGUAGAACCAAUCGUACACGUUUUCAGGUGGUAUAACGUACAAACCGCGUUGUUCUUUAAACGUAACAUCCACACUUGAUGUGUACUAUAGCAAAUGCAGGCUUUCGGACACUUCUGUCAAGGACUCAAUAAUGCUUUGUUUUACGACACACAUGUAUGGUGUCAGUUUUAUUCAUGAUUCGGCGUUUACUGUCUUUGUCCUAAAUUCAAUGUAUUAAUAUGCCAGUCCCUUUCUUUUGUACAAUCCUAACAGCAUUGCUGGUGAUUUACAUGCCAACGCGACCGCCUUAUAUUGCUAAACUUGCUUAAGAAUGCAAUCGCAUUGCAUUACAUGCUUGACAAAUUCAGCAAUACCCACACUGGGCUGUGAUAUUGGCAACUGGUUGCAGCAUGGUCUCCUUGUUUCUAGUCUCCACUUUCAAAUGUAUGUGAUGUACGUGGUCAAUAUGCCGCCUCGCUCAUUAUUCUAUUCGGAGGAAAUAAAUCAAUUUGCUGUUUUCCAUCUGUCAUGGCCGACACCGGAUGUGAGAAAUGACAUCCACUUCCCGUCACAAAUCAUGGUCUCCCUGACGUUUGAGACGUUAUUGUUUUCGUCGUUACUUCUGAGCUUCUCAGUAACAAGUUGGACAAGACAAGGAGCACGCGACCUCCAGAUGCAAAUUGUAUAAUGUGUAUGUAUAGUUUCUACCAUAGAUGAUCAAUGUAUGUUCUAUGUCGUACUAGCGAACACACAAAACAGGGUAUACUGCUGCUAUAAAGCGGUACAUACGAGCAUUGAAUUAUCGAUCAAAUGUGCUUUGUGUGAUGUUUUUUGGAUUUUUUUUUAUUGAAGUUUUAACUGUUUCCUAAUUAUAUCAAGUUAUAUUUGUUAUGCAUUCGACAAAUUUAAGUCUUGUUUCAAAACACAUGUUCACGUUACGUUGAUUAAUAUCAUUUUAAAUGAUACUGUCAGUUUGUUACCUGAUUCUUUCAGUUUUUCAAUGUUUACUGGUGAAUCAGCUUUAGAAGAUCCUUACAGUUUUCUAGCGUUUCGGGUGUUUACUGGUGAAUCAGCUUUAGAAGAUCCUUACAGUUUUCUAGCGUUUCGGGUGUUUACUGGUGAAUCAGCUUUAGAGGAUCUUUUCAGAUUUAUAGCGUUUCAAUGUUUUCUUGUGCAUCUUCGACAAUGAAAAAGUAUGAUCUAUUGAAAACAAGUGUAUUUUGUAUAUUUAAUGAAAUAUCACAAACAUAUAACUUAAGAUAUUGAAAUAUUACAAACAUAUAACUUAAGAUAUUGAAAUAUCACAAACAUAUAACUUAAGCUAUUGAAAUAUCACAAACAUAAAACUU